UUCACUUUCAUUCAUUCAACUGACCCAUUGGCCUGCUGGCCGAAGUCGCUCAUUUAUCUUAACAACAUAGUCGAAACGCCACACGGAAGUUUAGUUUGAAAACGCCUAGGACAGGAUGAAGAACUUGUGCGUUGGGAUCCCGCUGGCUGUGCUGGCCAGUGUUGCUACAGCGCAGGUUAUUGGAGGACCUGGCGGGGUUGACGUUGGCAAUGAUGCGUCUAUCCCGACCAGCAACAGCUUUACCAGCUCGGUCACGGAUGACUGGGUUGAUGACCAUUCUUUUGAGGUGAAACAUGAUGUCCAUGUAUACCCCCCUCAUGAGCAUGCCGAGGGCGCGGGCUGCGAAACCUGUGGCCACAAGAAGCGUGGUGAGCCUUGGGCUGCGACUGUGAUUGGCGGCCCUGGUGGUAUUGACACUGGAAACGACGCGACAAUUCCAGUCACCAAUGACUUCUCGUCCAGUGUGACAGACGACUACACGGACGAUCAUUCCGUGGAUAUCGACGAGACAUUUGCCAUCGGAGGAUGGCCUCACGAACACGGCUUUAGACCCGGUAUGCCGGGGUUUGAACGGCGUAGCAAAGGUCAAUUCGCUGAGGGACCCGGAGAGGCCACUGUGAUUGGGGGUCCAUCAGGAGUUGAUGUCGGGAACGGCGCGGAUAUCCCGACUGACAACUCGUUUACCUCCAGUGUUACGGAUACCUACACUGAUGAUCACUCGGUGGACAUCAACGAUAAGACCACAAUCUGGGCACCGGAGCACCCUGCGCAUGGUUAUCACCAUCCCAUGCAUAUUGCCAGACAUUCUGGCAAGGGCCCUACGGUUAUUGGUGGACCUUCAGCAGUGGACGUUGGAAAUUCUGCAGACAUCCCGACCACGAAUUCCUUCUCAAGCAGUGUGGACGACACUUACACCGAUGACCAUUCUUUCUCCUGGGAGAGUGAUUUUGUCGCGGGCCGGCCUCACCUGCGCCGUGCGCUUAGACAAGGUCCAACUGUUAUCGGGGGUUCCAGUGGUUUCGACAGCGGAAACACUGCAGUUAUUCCCAGCACUAACAGCUUUGACAGCGAGACCACGUCGACUCACAACGAUAACCACGCAGUCAAAAUCAAUACUGAGGAAUAUAUAAAAGGUGGUUAUGAAGCUGAGCCUCAUGUGAUCCCUCACCCGCACUAUAACCCGGUGCCAGGCCCACAGCCACCCGCGCCAGAGCAACCUGUGCCAUAUGCCGAGCCUAAGCCCAGCUGCACUGAGGUCACCGGCGUGGUGGAGACUGUGACCAGCACUGCUUAUACGACCGAGACUGUUCCUGUCCAUGCUCCCCACCCAGAGCCCGCACAACCGCAGACUGGCAAUCCCGAGCCCGAGUAUCCUGCGCAGCCAAGCUUUGAGCCUCACCCCGGGUCCGAACCCAGUGACCCUCAGCCAGAACAGGAGCCCGCCCCCACGCACGCCGAGACGGAAUCCGAACCCGAGCCUACUUAUCCUACUCCGGAGUCGUCUGAGCCUGAAGGCCAGAGCGAAAACAGCCAUCCCGCACCAGAGGCCCCGCAGCAGGAACUUGCGCCGGAGCCGGAAUCUGCCGGCUCUGAACCCCAGUUUCCCGCUCCUGAGAAUGAGGACGAGGACGGCUCUAUGUCUCCCGUUCCAGUUUAUCCUGACGCUGACGCUCAGCAUGGCAGCCUGGCCAGCCCUGCGCCAGCCGCCACGCCCGUGGAAAUGCCCGCAUAUCACCCCUCCGGAGCAGCCACUGAGCCAACUUCUGUGCUCGUCGUCUUUGCGCCCAUGAGCUCAAGCAUGCCUAGCGCGCAGGUUUCGUCCUACUCCGUGAUCCCCGUUUACGUCCCCACCGCGAGCAGGACCCCGAUUGCUCCCGGCGCUUACGACAUGGAUGCCAGCACCCCUUCUGACAGUGCUAGCUUCGUUGCACGUCCUAGCGGUGCGUCGGCUGAGGAAUUCAAUGGCCCAAGCGAGCCAUCUCCAUCCUCGCACAGCACCUUGUUCACCGGCUCCGCAGCGAACAUUGCGCCAGGUGCGGGCAUUAUCUCCAUCUUCUGUGGUGUCUUCGGCUUGUUGGCCUUUGUGUUGUAACAUGUUUGUUUUGUUUUCGUUUCGUGACGUUCUCUUUGCAGCAGUCCACGCUGCGCUUCUAGAACGUCUGCGUAUUAGUUGCCUGUAGGGCUUCGGCCGGUGAAUUUCCAUCUCGUUGUAUACUGAGCCACCUUUCUUGCUUUGCCCCCGUAGCCAGUGUGGUGUUGUAUAAGGUUGUACUUUAUCAUUGUUCUCACCCCAUCUUGAUCCGUAGCCGGUAUACCACACACAGUGUUCCUGUAUCGGUACAAAUUAGCGUAGGACGCGAUUGUCCUACCCCAUGACGAAGCGCAGUCAUCUCCCUUCUGCUUACCCUAUACUGAACCGUAAGCUCACAGCCUCUCACUCCCUUGAAAAUUUCCAUUCGAAGACCCUAUUCAUCAAUCACAAGUCCU